ACCCCGCGGGGCACCCUCCGCCCUGGGCCGGGCGAGCGGGACUCCGACCGGCUGGAGCCCGGGGUCGCGCGCACGGGCGCCCGCCCCUCCCCGCCGCGCGCCCCGGGGCCUGCGCGAUGCGUCACAGACGGCGGUCCGGCGCCCUGGCUACGGCCCUUGUCCCCAGGGCGCGGCCCUCGGCGGGCACAGCGCGGCCGGCGGUAAGUGGGCAUGGCCCGCGCAGCCGCCGGGUCCCCGGGUCGCCGCAGGCAGCGGCACCGGUUGCCCGGCAGGCGGCGGCGCCGAGUCCCCCGGAGGAGGCAGGCUCCGGGGUGCCGGCGCAGGAGGGCGCGCCCCCGGCGGCGGAGGGAGCCCUGCCCCGCGAGCCCCGGGCCGAUGGAGUUCCCGGCCUCGGAGAGCAGCUGCAGCGCCGACUCCCGGGACCCGUGUGCGUCCCGCGACGACUGGCGCUGUGCGCGCUCCAUGCACGAGUUUUCAGCCAAGGACAUCGACGGGCACAUGGUUAACCUGGACAAGUACCGGGGCUUCGUGUGCAUCGUCACCAACGUGGCCUCUCAAUGAGGCAAAACCGACGUAAACUAUACUCAGUUUGUCGAUCUGCACGCCCGAUACGCUGAGUGCGGUUUACGCAUCCUGGCCUUCCCCUGCAACCAGUUCGGGAGGCAGGAGCCAGGGAGCAACGCGGAAAUCAAAGAGUUCGCCGCGGGCUACAACGUGAAAUUCGAUAUGUUCAGCAAGAUCUGCGUGAACGGGGACGACGCGCACCCGCUGUGGAAGUGGAUGAAGGCCCAGCCCAAGGGACGGGGCAUGCUGGGAAACGCCAUCAAGUGGAACUUCACCAAGUUCCUCAUCGACAAGAACGGCUGCGUGGUGAAGCGCUACGGCCCCAUGGAUGAGCCCCUGGUCAUAGAGAAGGACCUGCCCUGCUACCUCUAGCUCCACAAGGCUGUGUCCCCCCGCCGAGCCCACCGCCCGCGCCCCCCGGAGCCUUCCACCCGGCACCCAUGACGGUCGGCCUGAAAACCAGCGCGCUGGUGGGACCGACCCGAGAACCGGCGUGCACCUGCCGGAGGAAGGUCCCGCGGCCUGGCUCGGCUGCGGCUCGGCGCCCCCUCUCCCCCCCAGCUGCCUUGUGGGAAUAAAAUAUACAGAUUGGC